AAAAACCGUCUGUGAGGUGAGGAGAGGAGAUGACCGCAAAUUUCAUCACCAAUUUGGUGAAGACAAGAUGGCAACGGUUAGCGUGGCACUAUCUUCUCCGGCAUUAAACUCUCUUAAUCGUCGACGGAGCAAGCGGUUCUCAGGUGUGGCAUUCGCAAGCGUAAACAAAGAAACUACUUCUGUAGGCGUGAGACUUACGGAAGGGGAAGGUAAUCUGCCGAAGGUUGUGCUCACUUCAGCUCAGGGAAGUGAAGCUCAGAUAUAUUUGUUUGGAGGUUGCGUUACAUCUUGGAAAAUUCCAAGUGGAAGAGACCUGCUUUUUGUUCGACCAGAUGCUGUAUUUAACAAAAAGAAGCCAAUCAGUGGAGGCAUUCCCCAAUGUUUCCCUCAGUUUGGACCUGGCCCAAUACAGCAGCAUGGCUUUGCAAGGAAUAUGGAUUGGUCACUCAUUGAUUCUGAAAAUGUUGAAGGCAACCCUGUUGUGACUCUUGAACUAAAAGAUGGUCCUUACAGUCGAUCCAUGUGGGAUUUCAGCUUCCAGGCUACUUAUAAGGUUCUUCUAAAUGGGAAAAGCAUUUCAACAGAACUAAGUAUUACAAAUACAGACAACAAACCAUUUUCAUUCAAUGCUGCCUUACAUACAUAUUUUCAUGCAUCUGUAACAGGGGCAUCUGUGAGAGGUUUGAAAGGUUGCAAAACUCUGAAUAAAGAUCCUGAUCCCAAGAAUCCUAUAGAGGGUGUGGAGGAAAGGGAUGUUGUCACCUUUCCUGGUUUUGUAGAAUGCAUUUAUCUGGAUACUCCUGAUGAAUUGCACCUUGAUAAUGGCUUGGGUGAUGUCAUAUCUAUCACAAAUACUAAUUGGUCAGAUGCUGUUCUAUGGAACCCACAUCUGCAGAUGGAAGCAUCUUACAGAGAUUUUGUUUGUGUUGAAAAUGCAAAGAUUGGAACUGUGCAGCUAGAUCCACAAAAGACUUGGACUGCAAAGCAGCUUCUUAGCAUUAGCUGAACUGCUGACCUGCAGCUAGCGGCUGAAAUAUAUGUUGCAUUUCUUUAAAACUUUGUAGAACAAGUUCGUCAUCUUGUUUGUUCCCUUCUUUUCCUUCUUGAAAUUUUGCUUUUGUUUUGCAAACGUUCAGCCACUUGAGAUAAAAUUCAAUGCAGUCC